UCCUUGUCAACCACACCAUAUAGCUUCUUCUACUUGCACAUAAUCAGCAUUUCUUCCCACAGCCACUACUGAAAUUUUAUUCAAUAUCCAACUUUUUUUUCCUUUUCAUAUUAUAGCUCUCUCCCACAAAAGAAUUUGGCUCCUCUUCCACAUCUCCAAUGUACUCCUUAGUCCAACACAAAUACCUACCAUCCAGUUUCCACCACAAAAUCUUCAUAAGCCGGCCAAUAUCUGGCCGAGCUUCUGAGUAUUGCUCAACUACCACCAAGCAUAGGCCCAACGCCAAAUUAGUCGUUGGGCCUAAGGCUGCGGUUGUACAGACUGUACAGACUGUACAACCGCAGCUAAAAGUGGUAAUCACCACGGACCGACCCAAAGACAAUGAUCCGAGUUUGCAAUCAACAUGGCCACACAGGGCAUGGGUGAUAGCAGGGUGCACAACUCUGAUCAUUUCAUUGGGAGAGUCAUUAAAGGGUGCAGUUGAUAUGCAUAUGUUGAUGGAGCCGAUUUUCGCAGGGUGGAUCGGUUACAUUCUAGCUGAUCUUGGCUCCGGGGUGUACCAUUGGGGAAUUGACAACUAUGGUGAUGGUUCGACACCAUUUUUUGGAUCCCAAAUUGAGGCUUUCCAAGGUCACCAUAAGUGGCCAUGGACCAUCACUAGGCGCCAGUUUUCAAACAACUUGCAUGCCUUGGCACGUGCCAUUACAUUCUCAGUGCUUCCUAUAAACCUUCUUUGCCAUGAUCCAGUUGUUCAAUCUUUUGUUGGUGUGUUUGCUGGUUGCAUUAUGUUUAGCCAACAGUUUCAUGCGUGGGCGCAUGGGACGAAGAGCCGGCUUCCUCCGGCCGUGGUGGCCUUGCAGGAGGCUGGAGUGCUGGUGUCGCGGUCGCAGCACUCGGCUCACCACCGGCCACCGUAUAACAAUAAUUACUGCAUAGUGAGUGGACUGUGGAAUGAGUUUUUGGAUAAAAACAAGGUUUUUGAAGCCAUGGAGAUGGUGGUGUACUUUAAACUUGGAGUUAGACCUAGGUCUUGGAGUGAGCCUGAGUCUGAAUGGAUGGAGGAGAUUGACAUGGCUUCUUAAAUCGAAGCUCAAUAAUAUUCAUUCUUAUUAUAACUGAAUUUGUGGUCCGUGAGACUUCUUUGUUGUCAUGAGUUAAGGUGGAAGAGUGGUAUAAUAAUUCUUCUAUUUUCGUUUUAUUAUUGCACAUUGUUGAGAGAGCUUGUGCCUCUUAUGUAUCCUCACUUAUUAUAUAAACAUUGUUGAUUGCAAAGAUUAGCCUUCAGAUAGUUGAAAUAAGCAAUGCUUAUGUCAAUGAAAACAUGAGUAGAUUAUUAUAAAUCUAAUUUACCUUAUGAUGUUUGAGGAACUAUUUAUUUUUUCUUCUUCUUUUGCGUGUAAAGGUUUAUCAUCAUUUAAUAGAAAAGAUUGUUACAUUUUGAUUUC